AUGGCUACUACUAGCUUCAAUAUAUGCCCGAGUAUUCGCACACGCUUCGACUCGCCCCCCAAUGAAACGAACGGCUUGCAUCGAGUGUCGCCAUCAUCCACCGACCGAUCGUCAUUAAAGUCUUGGCCCAAUCUGCCGAGUCUUUCGAGCAGUCAACACUUGCUCGAGAGUCAGUUAGAGUACGACAACAAUGAGGUGCAGACUAGGAAGCAAAGCAGGAACAAGACACGCACUAUCAACCACAUCACACUCGGCUUUAUCGCUUACUUUGCAGUGGCAGCAGGACCUUUUGGCGUUGAAGAUGCAGUGCGCGCUGCAGGAGCUUACCCAGUUCUGUUGGCAGUGGUAGUGCUACCAUUUACAUGGGGUUUGCCACAAGCUUUAAUGACUGCAGAGCUCAGCACAAUGAUUGACGAAAAUGGAGGCUACAUUCUGUGGGUGCGACGCGGACUGGGCCAAUACGCUGGCUGGGUGAAUGCCUUUAACUGCAUUGCUAGCAAUAUCUGCGACUUGCCAACGUACCCCGUGUUAUUCUGCAGCUACGUGGAAGCGUUUCUAGCGUCUGGUUAUGGCUACACACUGUCGGGUACAGAGCAAUGGAUGGUGAAAUGUGUGGCACUGUUGCUUGUAUUCGCUUCAAAUGCUGUCGGUAUGCGUGCAGUUGCAAUGACCUCAGUGCUCAUGUCAAUUUUUGUGCUUGCGCCCUUCAUCUUGGAGCCUCUGUCCGUCGAGACGUUUAACCUCGCGACAUGGGGUAGCGUUGCACCGAAAAUCGAGUGGUCGCUGUUCCUCUCCACGAUUUUGUGGAACUAUCAAGGUUGGGAUUCCCUUGGGUGCGUUGCUGGUGAAGUUAAGGACGGCGGCAGGACUUACCCGAUCGCCAUUAUGAUUGCGAUGAUUCUGAUUACCAUCAACUACGCCUUCCCAGUCGGUGUAGGGAUAAUGGUGCAGCCUGAUAUCUCGCAGUGGCAUGCAGGUUCUCUCGAGACCAUUGCUAUGACAACCGCACCAUGGCUUGGUGUUUGGGUUGGUGUAGCUGCGGUCGUUGCGACAUUAGGAGAGUUCAACGUUGUGAUGGCUUGCAGCUCGCGUGCGUUAUGGGCAACAGCAGACUACAAGAUGUUGCCCUCGUUUCUCGCCAUCGAGUGGGAGCGCUUCGGGACGCCGAUCGCUGCAGUCAUUUUCCAAACGUUGACUACAGGUGUGCUCAUGAACUUUUCAUUCGAGAUUCUGGUGGUGCUCGACACGUUUUUCAACAAUUUGACUCUGCUGCUAGAGUUCUUUGCGUUCUUACGCCUCAAAUACGUGGAAAAAGACGCAGAGCGUCCAUUUGUGGUACCAUUUGGUAACACCGGUGCGUGGGCCAUUACGCUGCCCAAGAUCAUGGUGCUUUCAGGCGUACUGAUUGCUCAGAAGCGUAGUGUGUGGAUGAUUUGCGGUCUAUUCAAUGUGGUCGUAUCUAGCACGUAUAUAGUUUGGCGUCGCUUCCAACCAGCACCUCAUACCACAUGUGUGUCUUCUAACACUACCGCUUACGGUUCAGGUCAGUUGUCUUAG